UUUCUCCUGUCUCACGUUUGCGUCUCUACCCAUUGCUCUGUUUGCCUCUCUAAACAAAACCCUCACAGAGCCUCUCUAAACAAAACCCUCAAAUCGUUUGCUCUGUUUGCCUCUCUAAACAAAACCCUCAAAUCGUUGAUACCACAUCUGCGGCGCAACCCACAAAACCCUCAGAGCCCGGCGCACCCACAAACACUCAGAGCCCGGCGCACCCACAACCUCAAAUCGGAGGCGGUCCUUCUCAUCCAAUCCACUUGUCGGCGCCGCUCUCUAGCUUAUUAGCUUCCAAUCCAUAUUCAAAUCAGCGGCGCACUCAUAUCCAAUCCAACUCGACGGUGCUUCAUCUCUUCCCGGACGACUCGGCGGUGCUUCUUCUCUUCCAUUCUAAAUCGGCGGCGCCACCCACAAUCUUCAGGAGUAUGGGGAGAGUGAAGAACAUUGAAGAGCAAGAUGCCAUUGAAGAGCAAGAUGCUCUCCAAGUUAGGCCCCCGAAAAGACCACUUGGAGCAUUUAUAAUUUAUUAUAAAAGGCAAGUAGAAAUGAUGAAAGCUGAAGGCAUUGUCAAGAUAAGUAAAGCUGUUAAGGAUGAGAUUACAAAAAAGUGGAAUAAUCUUGAUGACGACUCUAAAUUAGAGUAUAGGAGGGAAGCACGUGAGAAUUGUGAAAAUUAUGCAAAUCUAAAACAUAAUAUUCCUUGCAAACCACGUAAAGUUUCAUUAGAUACUCGGUGUACCCUUGGUCGCGUUCGUUCGAUGGUUAACAAAUUGAAUCUAAGACAAAAAUCUGUCAUUCAAGAGUUAGGGUUUGGUAGUUUGUUGGAUUUAAAGUUUAUAAAUUUGGAUAGAGAUUUAUGCAAAUGGUUAAUUGAUCAUUUUGACCAAAAUUCAUGUGCAUUGGAUAUUUGUGGUAAGAGGUUACCGAUUUCCACUGAAGAUGUAGAAUAUAUUUUAGGAAUAAGAUCAAAUGGGGUUGAUAUAUCUAUUGUUGGGAGCGCAGAAGAGAUAAAUCAUAUGUGCCAACAAUAUGGAUUAAAUGUGGAAGGGGAUAUACCAAUUAAGCUCUUAGAGGAUGAGUUGAAUAAGAUGGAAACAUUUGGAAAUGAAUUUGUGAGUUAUUUUUUGCUGUUUAUAGUGGGUACUUUAUUAUGUCCCACUACAAAAUCUUAUAUGAAACGGUCUUUUGUUUUAAUUUGCCGUAAUGUUGAAGAGAUUAGAAACUUGAAUUGGGCAAAGUUCAUGCUAGAUUUUCUCAUUGAUUUUCUCAUUCAAGGUGUACGCAAACAUAAAGACAAUAAUCUUAUAGCAGUUGAUGGUUGCGUGUCGUUAUUAAUGGUAAUAUGUAGUAAAUUCAUCUGGUGUAACAUAUCGUACCAUACACCUAAUAAAACUUUCAUAUACUUUAUCAUGUAG